CGACCAAACACCAAAAUACAUACAAUAAAUUUUCAUUUCAUAAAUCACAGCACUUUUGCACUGUAAACGUUUUUUAACAAGUUUUUUACAAAUUUAUCUCAAGAAAUACAAAUUUUUUCACAUCAAAAGACCAAUCAGAUCUUAGCAAAAUGGGUAAAGGAUUCAACAAUUACAUGUGUAAGAAAUUCUUUCAUCCUGCCUCCAGAGACAAUCUCAAAAGGGUAUGGAUGGCAGAGCAACAAGCUGAUGCAUACAAGAAAAAACAGGAAGAACUGCGAAAUCAAUAUGAAAAGGAACAAAAUCUCCACGAAAACAAAGCCAUGCUCAGUAAGGAGAGCAAAGACAAGUUGAGUGUGAAUUUCAUGUACGAACCACCGCCCGGAGUGCGAAAGGAGCGUGAAAAAGACGACAACGAACCAGAGUACAAAUUCGAAUGGCAACGCAAGUACAAUGCCCCCCGUGAGAGCUACUGCAAGGGUGACACCGAAAUCCGUGACCAGCCUUUUGGUAUUCAAGUGCGAAAUGUCCGCUGCAUAAAAUGCCACAAAUGGGGGCACAUCAACACCGACAAGGAAUGCACAAUGUACAGCAUUUCGAUGAGCGAAGCUCGCAAAAUUCACUCCGAAGCUGAAGCAAACGAACUGAUGUCCAAGAACGUCCUCGAAGAACAAAUGAAAGAGGAUGGUUUGGCGAUGAAAAAAAGCGCCAUGGAAUUGCAAAAUAUCAAUCAUAUGGAUUCCAGGCACAAACUCAUACCGAGCGAUGAUGAAAAUCAAACCGAGAAUCCGGAGAUGACAUUUUUGAAAUCACUCAGCAAGGAACAGAAGAAGAAGCUGCUCAAGAAAUUGGAAAAAAUCGAAAAAAUCAAAAGGAAAAAGAAAAAAAGCAAACGCUCCCAUUCGUCAUCGUCGUCGGAAUCGACGUCAGAUAAGAAAGAUGAUAACAAGAAACGCGGAAAGUCAUCGAAAUCCUCUAGCAAGAGGUCAAAGCACAAGCCCAGCAAGAAAAGCGCGUCGAGUAGCUCAGACUCGAGCAGCAGCUCUUCAUCGGAAGAGGAGAAUGACAAUCAUCGUAGGGAGCGCAGAAAUGGACGCAAUGAGAGGAAAGAAGAACGUGAACGCCCAUCGAGAGUUCGCAGAGACCGUUCACGGUCUCGUGGUAGAAGAUCGGAUUCCCACGAGCGCAAUGGGAGCAACAAGACGAAGUCCCAUAGGGAGAGGGACACACGUCGCGACAGAAGAUAGAAGUUGUAUUUUAGCUUUUUUAAUAAACAUUGGAUUUCAUUUUUUUAUAUUUAUCUCUAAAGAUAA